CACAAAUGAACCCCCCAAACACCAACCUCCGCGCCUUCAACCUGGCCGUGACGACCCUCCUCAAAAACCCCUCGCACAUGCUCCCGCACCUCACCAUUCCAACCAUCACCCAGCUCCCCGAACAACUCGGCCCCGCCAUCUCCGCCUCCCUAGCCAAGAGCACCAGCACCAGCACGCCCCUCGAAAAACCGCCGCCCCAAAUCCAAAUCCGCGCCCUCAUCCUCGACAAAGACAACACCCUCUGCCCAGCGCGCACGACGACCUUUCCCCCGGACAUCCUGGCCAAGCUGACGGCGCUGCGCACCUCGCCGACCUCGCCCUUCAACCAGACGACGGCGCCGGACUCGAUCCUGAUCGUCUCGAACCGCGCGGGGAGCCACCCGCGCUACGACGACGAGGUCCGGCGCCUGGAGGCGCAGCUGGCCGACCUCGCCAUCCCCGUGUUCCGGCUGCCGCCCGGGGGCGCGGUGGCCAAGAAGCCGUUCUGCGGCGCGGAGGUGCUGGCCUGGUUCCGGGAGCGCGGGGUCGUGGUGCGCGCGGAUGAGGUCGCGGUCGUGGGCGAUCGGUUGGGGACGGAUGUGCUGAUGGCGCGGGAGAUGGGGGCGUGGAGUGUGUGGUGUCGGGAUGGGAUCGAUGCAGGGGGACAGCGGGAGGGGGCGAAUGUGUUGGAGCGCAUGGAGAUGUGGGUGGAGCGGUAUCUUCGGGUCAACCGGGGGUUGAAGGCGCCCGUGCCCAAGGGGUUUGCUCAAUGA